AUGGUGCUAUAUCACGCGAACGGAAGAGUCGUAAUCGCGCACGAGACCUAUCUGGAAAACCUUGCUCAGCAAGUGGCGAAUUCAUACAAAUACGUUGAUCAGGUCCACGAGUACAAUAAGAGGAAUCGCCCUGUGCACGCCGACAACCAAGUCGAGAUCCACAUCGAGGAGCAGAUAUUUAAAACGGUCGGCGGGUACAGAAGUGGAAGCGACUGGGAACAUCUGGAUGCAUUUGACAACGCAGCAGUCACUAUAGGACGUGUCGAUCGGGCUACCCUGAGAUUUGUCUCCAAUCUCGCCGAUGAUCAUUUCCGAUAUAACCCGGACAACAAUAGGCUAUGUCUACCCGUUCGGUACCCUCGGGCACAUAUGGGCCAGACUUCAGGAUACACAGAUGAGAGAUUUGCAGACUAUUUUUCCCCAAGUCAAGAGAUUACACAAUUCAUCUUCCCUUGGCUUCUUGAGGUGAAAGAGAUUGUCAAUCCCGAAAAAGUCCCAAAUCAGCAAAACCCAACUCCACCAGCCCCAAUCACGCUUCCCUCAAUGCAAAUGCCGGAUGAUUUUGUGGGUAAAAUCCAUCUUUACAAUGCAAUGUUACAGUUGGGUCUACCAAAGUCUAUACAGAAGCCGCUCAUCGACGCGCUCGUCCUUCAGAUGUAUCAGACAACUCUAAAUGCCUGUCACCUCGAUGUUUUGGAGAUAACCGUCGGUCGCUUCCACGCGCGAAGCCUGCCUGUCCUAGACACAGUCCUAAACCAUUUCGCUGGUACAUAUGCUUUCAGACCACCGGAAGAUCGCUGA